AUGCAAAAAAACCAUGUGAAAUGGUCUCCUGCUGUUGAUUCUCCCCUCCCUGCUGUCAGCAGGCAUCCAUCUCCAGUUAUUAGCACACCACCCCUCGUUACCAGCACGCCCCUGCCCCACCCUACCAGCAGUCUCAACCAGCAGCAGCAGCAGCAAAUACCGCCACAGCAGCAGCAGAAGCGGUAUUCCCCCUCUCCUCUAGGCUGCAAUUCUAAGGGCCUAGAGGGCGUCGUGGUCAAGGCUGGGACUGCUGCUGCUGCCUCUGCAGGCGGUUUCGCUGUAGCUGUUGCUGCUGGUCGUAGUAACAGUACUGGUGCUGGUAACAUGUCUACUGCUGGUGGUUUUGCUGAGGUGGCAGACGAGGAGGGGUACCAGUUCGUUGACUCAGAAGACCCGCUUGACUCGGUGAUUCCUGCACUGGCGCUGCUGCGGCUGCAGGUUAAGCGGUCUGAGGAGAAGGGGCAGAGGCGAAGGAAGGAGCAGCACGGGGAGCAGGUGCAGAAGCAGAAGCAGGAGAAGCAGCAGAAACAGAAGCAGCAGAAACAGAAGCAGCAGAAGCAACAGCAGCAGCAGCAGCAGCAGAAGGGGAAGGAGGAAGGAAAUACGGGAUAUUUGAGGCUUCUUACCAAAGAUGGAGAGGGAGGGAUAGGAAAACAGGGAGGAAGUGAGGGGGGUGAAGGUGCUGAAGAGGAGACAGAGGAGGAAAAUGGUGGGGAGGGUGGGGAAGCUGAGAGCGAGGAAGGGAGUGCUGAUUUCAACGACAGAGAAAGCAUAGAGGAGGAGAAGAGCGAGCAGGGGGCAGGGGCAGGGGAGGACAGUGACGGGGAGAGGGACGAGGGAGAGGAGAGGGAUGACGAGGGGAGUGAGGAGGGGGAUGAGGAAGGGGGUGAGGAGGAGAGUGAGGAGGGGAGCGAGGAGGAGCAGCUGAAAGCGAUGAGUCUGAGGGACGUGUACAGGCGGUGCUUUGGGGAGGAGGUGGUGCUGCGGAGGAGCUCGGAGGAGGGUGAUGGGCGGGGCGGUGGCGCAGGGGUGGGUGGGAGGGGCGACGGACAGGGCAGCGUACAGGGUGGAGGGCAGGGGAAUGGCAAGGGGGAUGGGCAAGGCGUUGAAGAUUUGGGUACCAAAGGGAACACCCAGGGGAAUGAAGGGAGAGGUCAGAAUCAGCAGCAACAGCAGCAGCAGCACAUGCAGCAGACGCGGCAGCAGCAGCAGCAGCAGCAGCAGGAGAGUCAAUUGAACGAUGCAAUGUUCGCCUCUGGCGGUGACAUUGGAGGAGUUGACUACAUCGGUGGGUUGCUGGACAUGAUGGACGGCCUGGAUGGGCUGGCAGGAAUGGACGGCCUGGAUGGGCUUGACGGCUUGGAAGGGAUCGAUCUCAUGGAUGGGAUGACUGGGUUGGGAGAUUUCCAAGGCGUUACAGAACGGUUAGAUGAUGAGAUGGAGGGUAAUGAAGGGUUUGAGGGACAUCCACGCACACAGGAGGAGCAGCUGGUGACAGUGCAUGGGGAUUUCACUGAAGAGCCUCUGUCUAUUGAGGCUCAGGAAGAGGAGAAUUACUUUUGUGAUGAAGCGGAGGAUUACUACAGCGAGGAUGAGGAGGGAGACUUUCUCAGGGGAAAUGGAGAAGGUGUUGGGAGGUACGAUGUGACAGGGUAUGACAUGGCAGGGUAUGACGUAGCAGCCUGUAGGAGCAAUGGCACCCCUGCAAGUGGGGGAGGCAGCAUGGGGGAGCACAUGGUUGGUGCCGUGCCAGCCAUUUAG